GCUCAAGCUAGCUAGACAACAGGAAGAGUACCCAAGAAAACCACAAGGAUCGCCAACGAGAUGCAGCAAGCGAAGGUGAAGGUGAAGGAUGGCGCGAGCGCGCUGAGAGCCAAGGCGAAGAUCGUGUGGGCCAAACUGGCCGAGAAGACGGAGGCCGCGACGUCGAGGUCGCACGACGAGCGGCGGCUGGCGCACGAGCGUGGCAGGGCCAAAGUCGCCGCCGCUGAGGCGCAGCUUCACCAGGAGAAGGUGGCGCACCGUGAGGCCGCCAUGGAGCACCGCCUCCACAAGCACGCUGGCGUCGGCGGCCACAACCACAAGCACGGUGCCGGUGGCGUGCACUGAUAUUUACACAGGGCGCGGCGCGCCUAGGUGGCCGGCCACCGUGUGAUUUCCUCUAUUCUUUUAGCUGAUGUACUGCCACGUACGCGUGUCGUGUUUAUUUGGUAAAGUUAUUAUCUUGGUGUGCCAUGUGAUUUUGUUGACGUUAUCGGUGUUUCUAUGAUUGACUAAUUGAAAAAACGAUUUUUUUCAUGUCU